AUGUCCAAGACGGCGCCGAAUGACGCGGAGGAUGACAGCUUGGAGCUCUCUCGACGGCCCCAAAUGCCAGAAGAUCCAGAGUGGGACUGGGGAGACCGAGCCGUGUAUGCCGCGCAUGUGUUUUGGAUGCUCAAGGAAGUUGGAUGGGUGCUGCUCAUUCCGGAGCUUUCCUUGCCACUGGGAGCUGCCGCGGCCGGGCUGACUUUUGCUGGCGUUGGGUUGCAUUGCUGCCGGCGGGGCUUCGCUGAGCUCGUCAUAGAGCUAGUGAUGAUGAUCUGGCUAUGCACGAAUGUGUUCUGGAUGACCAGCGAGGUUAUCUACGACGAGCCGGAUGUUAAGUUUCCCUGGAGCCUGUCUCCUCUUCUUCCAGAGAACGUGCCUGUCUAUUCAACGAUGGAGUACAUGUCUUCCAUCGGCUUCUUCAUUGCCGUGGCGACCUAUCUGCUCGGCCUUGGCAUUAUCACCUUCUGGUAUGUGCAUCCCAAGUACCAGCUGCCCACCUCCACCUUUGCCAGCUUCCUGCUCCAAAGCUAUCUCUGCAGCUGGUGCCUGAAGGAUUUCUUCUGGGCACAAGAGCGGUUUUGGCCUGCAAUGUUCACAGACCUCAUCACAGUACCCAUGUUGAUUGUCAACGCUCGGCUUGAAAGCGGUGCGUGGCAUAAUGUUCGUCGCAACAGCUGGUCCUGGGCUGUCUGGGCGAUAGCGAGUGCCGUUUGGAUCACCGGUGAGCUCAAGUUUCCCGGGGUAGCGAUCUUCAACUAUGUCGCCGCCGCACUGCUGUUUACAGCCUUCGUCAUGCUGGCUAGCAGCUACCAGCACUACAAGGCUGCGGAGAUUCGGAGAUCUUCUUCAAUAUGUGAGACCGACAGCAGCGAUAGCACUGACUACACCACGGAUGAUAGCAAAGCUUGA